GUAAUCUCGAGGCCACCGUUAUGGGCCGCUCAGCAGGGGUGUGGAGCAGCUAAGCUGCUUGUCGGCACAGGCAAUGUAGAUGAAAGCACGGAUGAUAACCAACUACAGUCUGUUCCACCUAGUAAGCUAACCCUUGUGCAUCCAUGCGUGUCUCAGUUAGAAGUCGUGUUAUAAAAAGCCCCUAGACGCGUCGCUCUGAGUGAAUGCUGCUGUGGCUAAGUUACAGGACAAGAGGAAUCUCAGACAUUGGGCCCCUUUGACGGCAGCACAAUAAGCGCCCACCGAGCCGGAGCUAUGGCGUUUGGGGUGGGACGGGUGCGCCAUAGCUGGUGACAGGUUCUUUUGGAUGCUAUGUUGGUAUGCUAGGUCUCAGUGACGCUCUGUAUCCGGGCGGGAAAGCAGCUGUUUUAUGCCAUCCCCCUGACUUUCCCCGCUGAACCGAUGACGAUGCCAAUGUCGCAUGAUGGGCUGGUCUGGGGCGUGGCGUGAUGUUUGUCGGCCAACGCUGGGCUAACCACGUCUGCCAAGUUCGGGUCUUCGCGGCCAAAGUACGUCCGGUGCUGAGGCCCAAAGGCAUCAGGUGGGAGUCCAACAUCUACGAGACCCCACGUUUCAACUGGAGGCUUCAGGAAAUGCAGCCUCCGGAUUUUGAUACCGACAUGAAUAGCAAAUGGAUCAAGGACAACACCUUCACCGAUGAGGACGAGCAGGAGAUCUUGCUCCAGCAGGGCUACCUUGACGAGUCCUGUUGGAAGAUGCCGCGGCAUUAAAUGAAGAAAUACAGCGUACAUCACGGGAGCUUCAUCUUCUGGUCUUAGAGAGCAAAAUUCAAAAUCGUUCCAGGAUCACUGACGUGGUGGCAUAUCGCGAGACGGAUGUCCGCAUAACUCACGCUUUUGUAUAUCAUGCGCUGGCGGAAUAUGGCUACAUUCGGCUUGUUGUUGUUGUUGUUGUUUUUGUUGUUGUAUUUAACGCCAUGGCGGCAAGGGUGGAACCCCUGCCGCAGAACUCCCGAGGGGUAUGUGGCGUGGAGAGCCGU